AAAUAUAGUGUUUGAAGUGAUUAAAUAUAUGAGCUCCAAUUAUAAGGGUUUCGUUCUCGCGCAGCUAUCUAGGGUUUCUGUUUCUCGUCUCGCCGGCCGUUUCACUAAUUUCCAAUGGCCAAGAGAACCAAGAAGGUCGGGAUUGUCGGGAAAUACGGCACCCGAUAUGGUGCUAGUUUGAGGAAGCAGAUUAAGAAGAUGGAAGUUAGCCAGCACAGCAAGUACUUUUGUGAGUUCUGUGGAAAGUAUGCAGUGAAGAGACAGGCUGUUGGCAUCUGGGGAUGCAAGGAUUGUGGCAAAGUGAAAGCAGGCGGUGCUUACACCAUGAACACUGCCAGUGCCGUGACCGUGAGGAGCACCAUCAGAAGGCUGAGGGAGGCGACCGAGAGUUAAAUUUAGUUGAAGUUUGUGCAUUUGCCAUAUUUCCCACCUUUUGAGCUAUAAAUUUCAAUUGAUGUAGUCGCUAGACUUUGGAGAUUUGGUGAGCUUUGUUGGCCACUUGUAUGUGCUCGAAUUCUAUAUUCCUUUUUGGCUAAAAUUCUUGGAAAAUUUCCAGUCAUUUUCAAAA